AUGGAGCCAGCGAGAAAUGAUCAAAAUCAGGCCAGAAGCAGACAUCCAGAUUUGAAUAUCAACAAUCCAACAAGUUCGAGUCUUGAAGGUGAACAUAUUCCUCCCCUCCCAAUUCGAUGUCUUCGCAGUGAGCAAGCAAGAAAUGCAGCAUAUUUGAGACGUCCAGAAAUUGAUGAUGAGUUGCCAGAAAUCAAGGUGAUGAAAAAAAUUGUUGACGAAUCAGAAGAUCAAGACGGUUUGAUCAACGUUUCAAGACACAUUCCUUCACCAUUGCCAGUUGAGGGACACGGAAGGAGCGAAGAUGAAUCUGCAGGCGAUUUCUUUGGCGCAACAGAGGGUGAAGGAGUGGUUCUUCCAAAAUACGCCUGGUCCUGGAGAGAUGUUAAUGCGGUAAGUUUUGCUAAUUUUCAACAAAAAAAUCAACGAUUUGUUUGUUUCAGCAUCCACUUCUAACCGAGAAGGGUGUUCAAAACACCAGAAACAAGUGUUACGCAAUUUCAACUCUCCAACUUUUGGCGCAUAUUCCACCAGUUUUGAAGAUCGUUGAAGAUCAUCGCCACGAAGAUAAUGGUAGGUUUCUACGAGCGGGGAAAAACAUAACAAGGGAACCUUUCUCAAUUAUUGUUUUCAUGUUUUUAUUAGAGUGAUGGUUUUAAAUUUCCUUUUCUGUGAAAAUCAAAAAAUAAUAAUUUAGCUUAUCAUCGUCAGUGUCUUGCAUGCGAAUGGACCAGAUAUAUGCUUCACGUCAAUGUGCGCUCAAAGGACACGUCAUUUGCCUGGUUUGAACGAUGUUUCGAGUCGAUUUGGCCAAUUGUGCAGAAGGGCGAGCAAGAAGAUGCAACGGAGGCGCUCUUCCAUAUUUUGCUCAAACUCGACUACAUUGCUUCAUCCAACUAUCCGACUCUCACCAAAUUUGUCGCUUCCGAGGAUAUUUUCGGGUUCAAAAUUAAAAUUGAGCGACGCUGUCAUGAUUGUAAUUUCUUGUUCUCAAAUAACCAAGUGCACAAAGCAUUAAAUUUGACAUUCCCACAAGAUCAGGAAAAUACUCCACAAUACCCAUUGCCAAAAUAUGCCAAGCAUCCGCGAAGCAAACGUGAAUAUGAUCUCGAUGAGUUGUUCCAACAUUAUUUCCAAAUCAAUCGUUUCUCUUCAAUUUGUGACAGAUGCAAAGAGGAGAAACUUGUCUCGGAACGCGCCUAUAUGUUGAGAUUCCCCAACAUUCUUUUGAUUCAUAUUUUGAGAUUCAACGCAGGUUCUGGAUUCAUAAAUAAAAUUGAUAAUCCAGUUGUCGCACCAAAUGGGUUGAAAUUGGGAAAAUAUGCAACAGCAGAAGGAGUUGAGGCGGACUAUGAGCUUUCCGGAAUGCUAAUUCAUAGUGGCUCAAACUGUGAGAAAGGCCAUUAUCACACGAUUGUCCAAAAAUAUCGUCAACCAGAUGAAUGGAUUAACUUGGAUGAUCAUAUGGUAAUUAAUCAAAAUUAAAAAAAAAAUAUUCUAAAAAAUUACUUGAAUUUGUUUUACAGGUUGGCGAAGUCAAACAACGAUUUGAGAAACAGGCAUAUUUAUUGGUCUACAGACGAUCUGCUCAUGCACAAGUUGACAAAGUGUAUGUUCGUGAUUAUUCACGUCCUUUUGAUUAUUCUUCAUCUUUCCUGACAUCUGAUCAUGACCCACCAGCGGCUCCAUUAAAUGGAAACUCAAACUCGAAGAAACGUGAAAGAACUCCACCAAAGCGUGAAAGUCCAAGACGUGGUGCAAAAAAUGGGAGUCCAAAAACCGACGGGAAAUGA